GCACCGGCAGAUGAGAUGGGAGCCUUGGUGACACAUGAUGGCCACCAUAGUCCACAUUAUGCAGCCCGUCAUGGAGCUGCUUAGGCGGAUGGAUCGUGGGGGGCAGUACAUGUCCCUCAUGAUCGAGUGGACACAGGAUCUUGUCCGCCGUGUCACUGAUGCAUGCGCUCCUUUGGGGAGGGUUUUCGCUGACCGCAUCAUCAGGCGUGUGCAGGCUCGCACACAGCACAUGUUGGAGCCUGCUCACUGCGCGGGGUUCUUACUGAACCCCUGCAGGCGACAUGUUGAGUACUUUUCGGGCGAGGUGAGGGAUUACCCUCGUUGGCUUGUGAGGCAAGCCAAGAGGUACAUAUUGACGCAGACGGGUUUCGAGGAGGAUGGUGCGGAGUACAUCGUUGCAUGUCAGCAGUUUGAGGACUUCCACAUGCAGCAGGUUCUAUUUGGGGAUUGGGGAGGGGCGGAGGGGCGUGCUCGUGGCCGUGCUUGCAGCGACGACAAGGAGACGAUUGAGUGCGCGUCCUGGUGGUCUCAGUACGGGUCUGGCGCACCUGAGUUGCAGCGCUGCGCUCUUCGUGUGAUGCACAUGUGGUCUUGCGCCUCUCCAGCGGAGAGGAACUGGGCAGUCCACGAGGGCAUUCACACGAAGAAGCGCAACCAGUUGGCCUUUGAGAAGGUUUUUCAGCUCGUUGAGAUCACCGUGAAUGUGCGGUUGUCGGAGUAUCGGCGAGCUGGGUGCGGUUAUGUGCUGCCAUGGCAGCGGGACGAGGGCAUGCUAGACUGCCAGGCCAGACUGGAGUUGGAGCCAGAGGAGGGGGGACCGUCGGCAGCAGCAGUGGAGGGGGAGAUGGCAGUGGAGGGGGGAUUGGCGGACACAACGAUUGCAGGUGUGGUGGACCAGAUAGUUGUAGCAGCAGCGGCUUCAUUGCUAGAGGAGAUGGCAGCUUCAGUGUUGGCGGAGGAGGCACCAGCGCCAGGGGGAGCAGAUGCAGUGGAGGGGCAGGCGGGAGCAGCUGAAGGAGCAGCGGGAGGAGCAGCUGGAGGAGCAACUGGUGGAGCAGCUACACUGGAUGGGCUUGUGGCUGCAGCAGCAGGAGCAGCGAGACGAGGGUCGGAUGCAGUGGGGGGGGGAAUGCCAGGAGCAGUGGAGGAGGAGAUAGGGGCACAGGCAGAGGUGUCGUGUGGGGGCGGCGACGAGCGCCUCAUGCAGCAGUUCCUCACGGAGCAGUACGAUCCGGUCAUGGCGGGUAUGACCCCAGGACGGCGGCGAGACAAGGGUGUGGGUGAUGCACGAUGUGUGGUCCGGGAGACAACGACGGGUCUAGUCGUUCCGUUCUUGGGCCUGCACUUGGCUCAGGGCCGACCGUCGCAGCCGGUGCCCGUGGCAGUGCAUGGUGUGCCGCCGCCCGUUAUCACGGAUUUGGGGUCCGAGCCGGUGGUUGCGCCACCGCGUCUUCCUAGUCACUUUGCUUCGCAGGAGGUCUGCCGUCCUUUGGAUGCAGACGAGUUGGCAAGAGAGGCUGUCUGCGAUGUGACUCGCUUGGACCGGCGGGUCUUUGACCAGAGGCUACAACAUCCACCAUGGCAGGCGAUUCCUCCAGUUCCAUGGGGUCCUGCAUCGCCGGUGUGGUCUGGGUUUACCUCCACCGGAGCACGUACGGCGGGAGAUGUUCCAGGGGUUUCAGGUGGCGUCGUGGAUUCGGCGCCACGUACAGGAGACAUGCCACCCCCUCCUCCUAGACCACCUGUAGUUGAUCCGUCAUCGUCGCCCCUUGGCAGAGGCUCUCGAUCUCCACACACGCCUGGGAGGUCUAGAAUUCAGGACACUACAGCCGUUGUGGGGGACAUGGUUACAGAGGCUAGUGAGAGGGUUGUUGUGUUGAGGAAGGCAGGAGCCCCUGUCACCAUCGAGGAGGACGAUCCUGAGACAGAUGUGGCAGUGCGGGAGGAGGAUGAGGACUAUGAGGGCGAGGAGGAGGGAGAGGAGGAGAGCGGGAGAGGUUCCGAUGGGGCAGGUGUGAGCUGGAUUCCAAUUGGGAUUGCAUAUGAUAGGCUGUGGAAGUCACUUAGCUUAACGUGUCAAAAUGGAAGAGGAAUACGGUCACACGAAGUGAUUAUAAAUGCACCAGGACGAGGAGAAGGAGGAGGAGAGGGAGGAGGAGGACGAGGAGGAGAAGGAGGAGGAGGAGAAGGAGGAGGAGAAGGAGGAGGAGGUUUACGACGAAAAAUGACGGCUGACUAUGAGUUGAGGAAGAUGCUAUCGUCUUCAUCAUUAUCAUCAUUAUCAUCAUUAUCAUCAUUAUCAUCAUCUCCUAGAUCAAGAGCACCAUCACUCCCAUCAUCAUUGCCAUCAUCAAACAGACGAAAGGUUGCUGCGGCUAUGUCGGACUUGGGCUUUACUUUUGACACCCGCGUUCCAGCGCAGCAAGCGGAGGGCAGGUCUGUAUUUAGUAGUGAGGACGAUAUUGCUGUCACGAAUAGCACAUUUGUGUUGGGGACAAAACUAGUAUGGAAGCAUGCAUUGGAAUCGCCAUUCGAUAUGACGCUGAACUCCACUAUGUGGUGCGGAGCUGUCGUGAGGAACUUAGUCUUGGCUCCCAUCGAACCUAUCAUCUACUUCGUCCUCGACGAGCAAUGCGUGCGCAGCCCUGGCGACGAUCGGGCAAUCAUACGGAAUCGGCUUUCCUAUUGGAAGGUAGAUGUUGGGUCCGUCAAUGCCCUGUCGAAGGGGGAGAGACUCAGCUACUGGUGGUCCUUCGACGAUGCCGACUCGAAGCUGGCCAACUCUCCUGUUAUCGUGGAUGAACCGAACAUCACGGCUUCCCCCAUGGUUCUGGUCCGCGGCAUGGACCUGGUUCAAGAUGGCACGAGCCUGGUCAUGGGCACCACGGUGAUGAUCGUGGCCAAUCCAAAGCUCACCUUCUUAUCCACAGCGGGGGGAGGUAAUCGAUCAUCGAGCUUGACGAAGCUGAGACGCAUGGAGAGCAUUGCAUUCAAUCGCAACAAGACCAAGCUAUACGUCGUCGACAAGAACGAUCCUUUCACACAUGUCCACUCUGCUGAUGUGGAGCUUGGUGGGAAUGCUCUCCCUUCCAGUCCUGCAAUCACCUUUGCUGACGUGGCCGGUUUUCAGAAGGGCAGCGAUGGUGGUCCAAACAUCAGCGCCGUGGAGUUCGGUUCUCAGAGCUUUGACCCCAGUGGAAGCUGCCUUUACUUCGUCGAUAAGACCUUUCACAGGCUGUGGGCUAUGGAGGGCUUGGCAGGAAGGCAGCCAUGGUUGAUUGCAGGGACAGGUGAGACAGGGUCGCUGAAUGGCGACGCCAAGGUUGCUACCCUCCACUCUCCUCGAGCGGUGGUCGUCUCUCCCGAUGGCUGUAAUCUGUUCGUCUCGCAGGAGAACGGCUUUCUUCGAUGGAUCACCCUUACUUCCCCGUGUGGGUCGGCGCUCAGAGUCUUGACCGUGGCCAUUGGCAGUACCCUGUCCUUGCGAGGACUGGCACUUCGUGAGGUGGGUGCCCGCCUGUUCUUGUAUGUAAGUGCGAACGCUGGCAAUAUCUUUGAGCUCGAGAUCAACCGGGCAAGGCUGCAUGUCUGCGGGUCCGACCUAGAGGAGGGUGGGGAGGGUGGGGAGGGGGUGCCUCCCACCCCUGCUUCCAUUGUCGAUCCAAUGAUCGGUCCCUCACCUCCUCAACAACCCUCCUCUCCGAGCGAAGGUGGCGCAGGACCAAACGUUGUCGUUGCCAUUGUUGCGUCCGUUAUCGUUGUGCUUGUCACAGCCCUUGUUAUCUUUGCAUUGGUCGUUGCUUAUCGCCGCCUCCUGCAUCGUGGGGAGGAGGACGGCGCAGCAGCGGCUUCCGGCAGCCUAAGGCCAUCAAUAACCGCCGGGACACCAUCAACGACCGGGAUACCGUCGGGCGGGUCUGGGAGGAAUCAACGCAGCGUUGCUUCCAUAAAUCCUUCUGGCGUGAGGGUGUUCCUGCUGACCGACUUGGCGCGCUGUACCGGCGACUUCGACGAGUCCCGCCGCCUGGGGGAGCCCGGCGGGUAUGGCAACGUCUAUAAGGGCACGAUCGACGGCCAGGAGCUGGCCAUCAAGGUCAUGAAGGGGAAGAUGACCCCAAUUAACAGGAGGCAGUUCGUCGCCGAAGUGAACAGUCUGAGCCGUCUUCAUCACAGAAACCUAAUUAGUUUAUUUGGCUAUUGCCACGAAGGAGAACAGGCAAUCUUGGUGUACCCGUUAAUUAAAGGGGGAAGUUUGCACGCACGAUUGCAUACGAGCGCGUCCGGGAGCCAGGGGGAAUCAUUGCCCUCUGGGCGCUUGUCACUCUCAGAUCGCAUGUCCAUCGCUAAACAGAUCGCUGAGGGGAUUCGAUACCUGCACGAGAACGCGGAUCCACCAAUCAUUCAUCGAGAUAUUAAAUCGCUAAAUAUACUCCUUCGUGACGAACGUAGCGAAUUACGCAACGGACACUCAAGUGAUCAGGGUCACAUUUGCGCUCUGCUUGCGGAUUUCGGUUUGGCAACGGUGCUGGACAAGUUCACGGACGCUGAAACACGCCAUCAGGCGGUUGUGGCGACUGCAUGCAGCGCAGGCACUCCGGGCUACAUGGCCCCAGAGUACGUGUAUCGUCGGAGGCUGACUUUGAAGACAGAUGUGUUCGCGUUCGGUGUCAUCUUGCUGGAGCUCCUUACGGGGAGAAGAGCCAUUCAUAGGACGAUAGACAGCGCGGUGUUGCUCGUUGACUGGGUAAGAAAAGAGCGCGACUUGCCGGGUGGCCGGUAUCCCAUUCACAUUGUGGAUGAUUGUUUUAGUGCUGACGUUGCCACAAAUCUAAUGGCGAGGAACAUGGUCAUCGAUAUGUUCCAUUUGGCGAUGGACUGUGUCGAGCCUGAGGAUGUGCACAGGCCAAAGAUGUGUGACGUGUCAGAAAAGAUCAAAGUUAUAUGCUUUGGGGAUAAGAAACCAAGUGCGCCUAGUCGCUGAGCUCCGUUAUGCUGAAGCGA